AUGUCGAGAAUACGUAGUUACUGGGUUUUUCUUUUAUUGCAGACCAAAAUGAAGAGGAAGGCUGUGGGUAUCUGGCAUUGUGGAUCCUGCAUGAAGACAGUUGCUGGUGGUGCCUGGACUUACAAUACCACCUCUGCAGUGACAGUCAAAUCUGCGAUCAGAAGACUGAAAGAAUUAAAAGACCAGUAGAAGCUACAUCCUAUUCUCCUUGUGAAAUGUGUUUUUUUCACCACUCUCAAGAUCUGUCCUUUUACCAAUAAAAAGGUGAUACGGAUUGGAA